GAGAGAGGCGAGGAGCGGAGCCGGUAGGCACUGACCCACCUUGGUCGCGCCUCACAGCCGCUUCAGCCGGCGAGCGCCUUGGCUUGCCUGCCUGCCGCGCGUAAAAGACCCUGUGAGGGCGCGUGCGGCGCUUCGGUCCGGCCGGGAAGGACGAACACCGCUUAGAAAGCUCCCACAGCGUUCCGGGCAGCGUCUCCCCGACUCCUCCUCGCCCGCCGACGUCUCCGCGCGCCGGGCAGCAUGGAGAAGCCCAACGAGAGCCGGAAUGGCUACCUGGAGGCGACGGUGGUGUCGGGCUUCGAGGCCGGGGAUGAAGGGGCGCGUCGGCCCCGCCUGAAGCUCUUCCACCUGCGGGGCUUCGCGGGCUUCCUGAGGAGGAACAGCAUGGUGAUACUGACCGUGUCCGGGGUGCUCCUCGGCGUGCUCAUGGGCACCCUAGUUCGGCGCAUGCAUCUCAGCCAGGCGCACAUCUCCUACCUGGCCUUCCCGGGGGAGAUGCUCCUCCGCAUGCUCAAGAUGAUCAUCCUGCCGCUGGUGGUGUGCAGCCUGGUCUCGGGCGCCGCCAGCCUCGACACCAGGUCGCUGGGCAAGCUGGGGGGCAUCGCCGUCGCCUAUUUCUUAAUCACCACCCUGCUCGCCGCAGCCCUCGGCAUUGCCCUGGCCUUCAUCAUCAAACCUGGCGUGGGCGCGGGGAACCUCAACAAAAAUUCCCUGGGCUUGGAUGACAUCUCGCACACCGGCAAGGACACGGUGGACUCGUUUCUGGACUUAGCAAGAAACUUGUUUCCAGCAAAUAUUGUUGCUGCAGCCUUUCGAUCGUAUGCCACCGAUUAUAAAGCAAUAGUAAGAAACGCAACUUUUGGAAACAUUACCAUUGAAAAGUAUAUUACUGAUUAUCAUGCAGUAGUGAUAAAUGGAACCUCAAUGGUUGGAAAUGCUUCGAUUGAAAAGUUCCCAGUUGGCACGGAUGUUGAAGGAAUGAAUAUCUUGGGGCUGGUCCUCUUUUCUCUGUUUUUGGGAGUUGCCUUAAGAAAGCUUGGCACUGAAGGAGAAGAACUCAUCCGUUUCUUUAAUUCUUUCAACGAAGCAACCAUGGUCUUAGUAUCUUGGAUUAUGUGGUAUGUACCUAUUGGCAUUACAUUUCUUGUUGGAAGCAAGAUAGUGGAAAUGGACGACAUCAUGCUGCUGGUGACGAGCCUUGGGAAAUAUAUAUUUGCUUCGAUUCUGGGCCACUUCAUCCAUGGACUGAUCGUUUUACCUCUUAUUUAUUUUGCAAUUACACGCAAAAACCCUUUCACUUUUCUGCUAGGACUUGUAACACCGUUUGCGACAGCUUUUGCCACUUGUUCCAGCUCUGCAACUCUUCCAUCAAUGAUGAAAUACAUCGAGGAGAAGAAUGGAAUAGACAAAACAAUCAGCAGGUUUAUUCUGCCAAUUGGGGCCACGGUGAACAUGGAUGGAGCUGCCAUUUUUCAGUGCAUAGCUGCUAUCUUUAUUGCCCAGCUGAACAACCAUGAGCUCAAUAGCGGACAGAUCUUCACCAUUCUGGUUACGGCCACUGCAUCCAGCGUGGGAGCUGCUGGAAUCCCAGCGGGAGGAGUUCUCACCAUAGCUAUUAUCUUGGAGGCAAUUGGACUUCCCACCAAUGAUAUCUCCCUCAUAUUGGCUGUUGACUGGAUUGUGGACCGGACCACUACAGUUGUGAAUGUAGAAGGGGAUGCCUUUGGAGCAGGUAUCCUUCAUUAUCUGAAUGAAAAAGAUGCUAAGGAGAAAGCAGAAGAAAAACUCAAUGAAGUCUGCGUAGAAGCCAUUCCAAACAGCAAGGCUGAGGGGGAAACGUCACCACUGGUAAUGCACAGAAACCAAGCCAUCACAUUUGCUACUCCGCCACCUAGCACUAAAGAUCUAGAAUCUAAAGAGUCAGUCCUAUGAAUGAGAAGGAGCGGGGAGGCACUCUUUCAGGACACUGUAUGCUGGAGACAACAGCAUAUUUAACUUGGAGCAGACCCAUAUGGAUUGAACAGAUGCGUCCCUUUUCCAUUUUGGUGGAUGGAACACUGUGGUAGCCAGCCACAGACUAAGUGUGUGUGCGCGCAUUUCUGGUGUGUUUUCCCCUUUGAGUGCAGACACUUUUGUGAUGAGGUAGUGAUGUUUCAUAGUUUUGCAUGUGUGCAAAAUAUGCAACGCUCGUGCACUGAUAUGAGUGAAAGCUAUUUCAGCAAGGUGUUUUCUUUUUGUUGGAACACUAAAGGCCCACUCUGAAAGGUAGAUUUUGACAGCUGGAUUGUACUAGGCAAGGUCACCUUGAUAGCCUAGCUUAUACAGGGAGACAAAUUAAGUUCCCUCCGUUUAUUACAUCAAGCCUGCCCUGUUGUAUUUUGAAAGGCCCCCUUUCUGUGAGGAGAACAGUCUUCUUGAUUCUAAGGCUAGAGAUUAUGAGAUUAUGUUUCUGCUACCAGUUACUGGAGAAAUCUGGAUGAUGCUGAGUAGACUUGAACCAAUGUGUUAUGUCGUGAGUGCGAUUACAGCUCUUCGUGAAGUCAGCUCUGAGUAGCGAGUCAGCAUACUAGCAAGGAACUGCUAGGAGUCAAGUAUAACAAGAACAAUCUUCUUUAUUGCAGUAGGAAUCUUGACUGACUGGAGGGAAAGGGUGAGCUCCUUUUAUACUCUCAGGAGCAGGGGUUGGGGAAAGGAUACAUUUAGAUUUUGGCAGGACCCUAUCAGAGUGGGGAUCCAAAUUGUGCUAACAAGUUAACCAAUAGCAACUGUCACCGCACCCAUUUGAAUCGCCCUGGAGCAGGAAAGGUAGUUGCAGGACUAGCAGAGGAACGCAUGUACACAAAUUAAACCAAUACAUAACACAAUGUAUGCCAGAUAUGCAUGCCUAAUGGAAACCAGUCCUAGCUAUUCUAAAAAGUACGUUCUCCUUUAUAUUUCUCUUAUGUCCCUCCUGCUAAACCACACUAUCUGUGUAUGUUGAACAUUUGGAUACAAUGGUACCUCGCUAGAAGAAUUUAAUUCGUUCCACGGGUCUUUUCUUAUAACAAAAAAUUCGUCUAGCGAAUCCCAUAGGAAUGCAUUGAAUUUUUUUUGAAUUUUAUUUUGCCCAUAGGAACGCAUUAAUUGAAUUUCAAUGCAUUCCUAUGGGAAACCGUGAUUCGCUAGAUGAAUUUUUCAUAAAACGAAUUCGUCUAGCGAGGCAACCUCCGCUCGAAAAAUCCUUUCGUUAAGCGGAAAUUUCGUUAAGCAGGGCAUUCGUUAAGCGAGGCACCACUGUAUUUGAAAAGAAUCUUUAGAUGCUCCGAAAAAGAAAUGUCAAGAGCCUGUAACUACUGUAUACAGAAAUGGCCACAGCGAGAUUGAUGCGACAAGUUCAAAAACUGUUUUACACAAGGCACUUAAUUUGCCUCUGAGCAUCUCUUGGCUCCUUUGUUCUAACAUCUGGCUAUUGUUUAGACAGAUGAAAGGCAUCUGUAAUGUAACCGAACAUUCUGGAUUAUUGGUAAGUGUUAGCGUCCAUAUUACAAACCUGAUUGAAGGAAGACUGAUUUAAGCUUCCUGUGCAGAUAUUCUCAUUCUGGUUUCCGUCUUAUUACUGGUACCAGUUAACACACAUUAUUACUUAAGGCCUUAAUCCUCAUGCAGACCAAAGAAAAGACUUGAAGCAGUACAGUAUAGUCAUUAUUUUCUCUAUGACUGUUAAAGUGCUUGUUAUUUGCUUUAGAAGAGCAGUUCUUGACCUCUAAUGCACUACUACCAACCAUUUCUGCAGCAUUAUCAUUAAAUGUCCCCUAAGCCAUAGGUAAGGAUUAGGACAUAAAAACAGGACUCCAGACAAGGCAACUUAUUCUGAUAUAUAGGCAUAGAGAGCUGUUGCAAAUGCAUCCCUGCUCAGAAUACAUUUAAUACAUUAUAUUGACUGUUUUGGAGGAAGGGAGAACAGAAUGAGAGCCUGACUCCACCUUUCCCCCAAACAGGUACAGUGGUACCUUGGUUUUUGAACGUCUCCAUUGACAAACAUUUCAGUUUUUGAACGCCAUAAAUGCUUCCGUUUUCAAACGUGCCUCGGAAGUUGAACGGCUUCCACUGAGUGUAUAUGUUAUUUUUCUCAAUUUUCUCAAUAUAAUAAUUUGCAGACUGCCCUUUGUGCCUCGGUUUCUGAACAUUGCAGAACUUGAUCAAUCUUCCGGAAUGGAUUACGUUAAAAAACCGAGGUAGCACUGUAUUUUAACACCCAGCUGGGACUUCUGGAUUGUGCUUUGAAUCCAGGCACUCGCCCACAAUCCCUGGUUUGUGUUUCUUUGUACAAGAUGGGGGAGCCUUUUAGUGUAGGAUAAAAUGGGAUAGGCUGAGAUGAACUCCUCCUUGAUACAAGGAUAAGAAGCUUUUGAUUAUCUUACUAAUAAUAAUAAUGCUGAUUUCUUAUCUGCCUCUUAGGAGGAAUGAUCCAGUGUCUGCUGAAAUGACUCUCUUUCAGUCAGCACAAUUUGGUUUAGUGCAGGCCCUUGGAAAAAGGUUGCACAUAAAUACUGCCCCCCCCCCCCAAAUCUCCCUUCUCUGUGGGAACACAGCAGUAUUUACCAUGUGUACCUUUUCAAGUGUACUUUUUCUUACAAUGUGUUAUGCAAAGAAUGCUGUCUUGUUUUGCUGGGCCCUAUAGCUAAAGGUCUAUGACAUGCUAACUGACAAAAGGCCCUGCUGUAGUCUUAGUAGCCCAGCCAGUUAAGCCAGUCCUAUUUGCACAAAUUGCCAGGUUCUCUUUUGCAAGAUAGAUACAAUCUGUAAAUAAUCCCAUUGCCUUUCAGUUAGAUAAUCAUUGUCAUAAAAUUGCAUCUAUCACUUGCUUAAUUUGUUGAGCACACUUCAAAAAGGAUGGGUGUAUAUUCUCACUCUCUGUGGUCUUGAUUUCAGGGUUCCCGUUGAACAAAUGACAGAGACUGAGAUAACAGAUGAUACAGAUAAACUUAGCUUAAAUUGAAGAGAAAGGCAGUGUACAUCUUUUCUUGUUUCUGGCACCAGCUUCCAACUUUGUUUGGGGUUCGUGAGUCAAGUAUUUCUGCUUACACAUUCAAAGUAUAUAGGAGAGCUUGCAGGAAAGAAGCAAUCCAUUUGGAGAAUAAACGCCAGCAAACUGCUUUAAUUGAUCUAGCAAAUAAUAAAAGAAGUUCAAAAGUUGAAAGUAGCAUCUUUCCUAAUCUUUCCUAAUCAGUAACAACAUUUAAGUUCAGCUGUUCUUUUGGAAAUACCCCAUUUUCUCAACCUGUAAUAUACAGUACAGGAGUUACUUUUGCAAGAACAGCUCAAACAAUUUACAUUUUGCAGGUGAUAAAGGCCAAACUACACAGGAUAUUCAUGAUUGAAUCUCCCAACACAUUUAAUUUUAACUUGACAGGAACUCUAGGGUCUCGCCUCCCUCCUCUCCCUAAAUUGGAUCAAGUUGAGGAAGGGGUGGCUUAAUUGUUUUCCUCUUUGCACUGUUCCCCCUGCUUUAACUUGCCCCCACUGCAAGUGUAAAUAAGGGAGGCUGUCGUGCUUCUGUUACCUAUAAGAGAAGCUAGAGGGUAGAAUAAGGAAGGACUACGGUAACUACUUGAUGUGUAAGAAACAAAGGCUUACCUAAUCCAGCAUCCUGUUUCUCACAGUGGCCAAGCAGAUGCCCAGGGGAAGCCCACAAGUAGCGCAAUAGCCCUCCCCUGAUGGUGAACCCCAGCCAACUGGUAUUCAGAGGAAUACCCCCUCUGGUCCUGGAGGUAGUAUACCGCAAUCUUGACUAGCAGCAAUUGACAGCCUUUACCCUCCAUGUUGAAGUGGCUUAUUUCAGAUAGAGAGUGAGUACCACGUCCAGGGAGAACUAGGCCAUAGACACACAUUGAUGAGCCCCAGUUCCAUGUUGAGUCUGUAACAGAGGCAGGACUGCUGGGGUGUAAGAGCCAGUACACUUUUUGCCCCAGUGGGAGGCUUGAACAAAGAACCCUUCUGCCGAAUCUCCAAAAUGGUGAAACCAGCUGAAUGUGUUCCCAUCAUCUUUUGCUGAGAAGAUAAAAGCCUUUGGGGGUGUUCUUGCCCGUAAUGAGGGUACCUUUUCAUGCUAAGUACCUGAAUUGCAGGCUGAUUUGGGAAAAGCUAAUUGAGAACAGAAGCUAAAGAGGAAAACGUUUGUUUCUCCUUAAAUAUUUUCUUCAGUUCAAAUAUUGAGUCAGUGCCAACAUAAUUACCAAAUUGCAGUCUUCUCUUUCCUUCUCUUGUUAAACAACUCUGCUUUCCCCAGUAUCUUUAUUUUGGAGAAAACCAAGUGGGUACAUAACCGAAAAUUGCACAGGUCAUGUGUUCUUUGGCAGGUACAAACUUCUUUUAUACCAGGCAAUCUUUGGACAAAAUCCAAGGUGAUCUUAUCCUUUCCACUGCCAACACUGUGUACAUUGCGUAACAUGUCCUUUUGUACCUUUCCAGCUGCUUUUUUGAACAUGGGUGGUACAGCCUGUCUUCAUGUGCCCUAUGGACCUUUAAAUUAGCACAUGCCCAUUUAGCAUGGUCAGGCUACCAGGUCAGACUGUGUUAACCUGCAGCACGAUACUGUCUCCUUUGACUAGCAGCUGUUCUCCAUCAUCUCAGGCCUUUUGCAUCUUUUCCAAGCUGGUUCUUUUUAAUUACAGAUGCCAGAGACUGCACCUAGGUCAUUCUGCAUGCAAAAGUUAAGUUACUGUAAUCUAGGCAUCCCCAAACUGUGGCCCUCCAGAUGUUUUGGCCUACAACUCCCAUGAUCCCUAGCUAACAGGACCAGUGGUUGGGGAAGAUGGGGAUUGUAGUCCAAAACAUCUGGAGGGGCGAAGUUUGAGGAUGCCUCUGUAAUCCAUCCCCCCAAUUGAUUUAAAUGGCACGAAUUCAAAGCUAAGAAGCUUUGAAUUUUGUGAGUAGUCUUGUGUAUUUGUAACCUGAAACAGCAAACCUUUACCACCAUCUGAUAGUUUUAACAACAUUCCAGUUUUCUACAGGCCACUGAGAAGACUUAAUGUCAUAAUCUCUCCUCUCCUCUCUAUUCUCUGAAUAUUUCCCAUUCCUUCAAAAGAGAAGGGUUAAAUUAAACCACUUGAGAUAGACAUUAGUCUUGUCUCCCUCUAGAGUAAUUAGAGUGAAGAAGGGAAUAGUCCCCCCCCAUGCAAUAAACUGCAUCUGUGUGUGAUUAUUAGUGCUUCUUUAUGUGCAAGCAAACGCUAGCUGUGUGCACACUCUGCCAUUAAAGCACAUUUGAAGCAGUGUCUCCCCCUCAAAUAAUUCUGGGCACUAUAGUUUACCUCUCAGAAAUACAAUUUCCAGCAACUCUAAACUUCAGUGCCCAGAAUUCUUUGAGGGGGGAAAUGUGCUUUGAAUAUGCUUUAGAGCAGGCUUUCCCAAACUUGGGUCUCCAGCUGUUUUGGAACUACAACUCCCACCAUCCCUAGCUAUCGGGACAAGUGGUCAGGGAUGAUGGAAAUUGUAGUCCAAAAACAGCACUUACACCACUUCAGUGGCUGAAAAAAGAAACCCUGGAAUUUUUUAAAGGAUUGUUUUGCCAGAUCUCCUUAUGCACUUGGACAUGGCCAGUAGAUUUUGUUGUUGUUCUUGUUGUAAGGAUUUCUCAUAUACAGUAUCAUGAAACAGCCAUAUCCUGGGCUAAACUGAUUUCCAAAGCCAUGGAAGGAGAGUGCAGGGCAGUCUGGAGCAGGUCGGGCACCCUGGCGCUGAGGCACGGAGAUCACUCCGGUGCCCCCGCAGCGUCCCGCCCGUUCGCCGCACAGCGCCCCGCCUCCCGGCCCUCCGCCCUGGCGCACCACGCCACCGGGACCUUACCUAGAGCCGGCCCUGAGGGAGUGAAGGAUCGAGGUAAACACUAAAAAUGAGGAUUCAGGUUCAUAGUUUAAACAAUGAGCACAGCAGUUGAUUUUUGCAGUGCAGUUGUGGACAGUGCUACUGAGAAGGAAGAUAAUUAGUUGGAGGGGAACUGUGGAAAGGCAUCAAGGAGUGGGAUUGGAGAAAACGUGAGUGGUAUGUGGAGAAGCUGUCCUGUUUUCAUUAUGGAGGGGAUGUGGUCUGAAGUGGGUGUGGUCUUCUGGUGAUUUCAGGUGAUCCAGGAGGGGAAAAUGCAAAUCCAUAGCUGCCAAGUUAUCCCUUUUUAAAAGGGAUUUUCCCUUAUGCUGAAUAGGCUUCCUCGCGAGAAAAGGGAAAACUUGGCAGCUAUGCAAAUCUAUGCAUUGUGACUGGUGAGGCUUUGAAAAUAACUGUGUCCAAACUGUAGAUGACUGAUUUGGUGCUACAGAACCUCAGCUGGAUGGGAGAGGAAGGCACCUCAAGGGAAACGUAUCAACAACAAACAUGAGUGUUCCCACUAUAGCUAUUCUUUUAGGCAGUUGCCUCUCUGGUUCCUGCUACAUUCCCAUUUUCUUCUGGUUUAGCAGGAUCAGUCCAAACCCUCAUGUUAGCAAGAUCACUUCAAAGUGAUAUCCAUUUCAGUGACUAAACUUCUCAUAAGGAAAAAUACGGUUCUUCCAUCCAUUUCAGACUCCGGAGUGCUUUCCCAUUCUGUGUGUCUGCAUUUUUAAGCCAUAUCUUUACAUAUAUGCUUUGUGACUCUUCUUAGCUAGGUUUUUAGGAGGAAAUAUAAUGCCACGCCCUCUGUGUCUUUCUCUGCUGAUGUCCACAGUAAAUGGCAGGUGGAGCCUAAAGAACCUCCGAUAAACUGAAAACGAACCGCUGGAUGGAUAUUAUGCUCAACAUGGUGCCUACAUAAUAAGGAAGGUCCAUGCUGGGAAGGCUGUGAGUCUAAAAAAGAACUAUGACACCACCUGCCUUAUUAUACCUCAGGUGCUUUGACCUGCUCAGCUCUGCUGUUGGCCACUGUUUAGUGUCUUGCUGUUUUAAUAACUAUGCACCAUGGGAGGCAAAGCCUCCUGUUGCUUGCAGUGAUGUGGGCCAGUAUCCAAGGAGAAGGAGUGAUGUUAUUCACACAGUUAGCAAUGGUGUGAUUGGUGCUUCUAAAGAGGGCCUAAUCCAUACCGUGAACAGAGUAAAGGAUAGGGAGGUAUUGAACCCUUUACAGCUGCUGCAGUCCCACUUGAUCUCUCUCUCUCUCUCAACACACACACACACACACACACACACACACACACACACACACCUACUUGCAGUGGAAGGAAAGUUCCCAUUGGCAUCAAUUGAAUUGUUGGAUUUAUUCCUUCAUUAAACUCAUUGCUUCACUGAUACGUCUGCUUUUUUAAAACUAUGAGUUUGUUUAACAGGGACAGAUCAGAAAGGUUAUUUUUUUGCAUGAUUAGUGCAGUAUAACUCUGUACUAUUCUAAAGUUUCAAUGAAUAUUGUUAUGUCGCAUCACACCUAUCUCGUUCUAGUAUAUUUCAAAGGGCAUAGCCCUAAAA